CUCAGCAUUGUAAUUCCGACAACUGUCGCCCAUAUACCACUUUGUUGUUGCUCAAUUCACUGGAAAGAAAACUGUGGCUCAUAGACCAGACAGGUGGAACUGCUCCGUCUAACUAGCAGCCUCUUAAUGGACACGCCCCAGCAGUAAGACCUUUUGAGCUAUAUUUGCGCGUCCUGGAUUCGCGAGCUGGCUUAAUGAUGCCUCGAUGCGACUCAGCUAAUCAGGUCCGUGUCGGUCGACUUGCAAGAGUGUUUCAUUGAUCAAUAUCGCCCUUUCUAUCGCGUCAAGAUUCUCGGCGCUCAUGGCGCACCCAUAUUCUUCAACCCCGUUAUAUACGGGCGCACCUUCAUACGCUCCUCACCAACCCUACUAUCCUUUUCCACCUAAUGGGCUUCAGCAGCCAAGUCAUACUCCUCCAGGGUUAACUCAGCAGAAUCCACAACCUCCGCUUUACCAACCCUCACCUUCGACAGCUGCUCAGAGAUUCGACUCAAACUCACAGAAUCGUCCGCCUGCGCCUAACUUUCCUCCCUUUCCACCCCCUCCUACUACGCUCAGUGCCGAGUUCUUCAAACAAUUUGCCAACGCUGGUCUCCCGCCUCCUCCACCUCCAUCGUUUCCUCCCGUACCGAUACCGAGUACCGCUGGGUUUCCGCAGUUCUCGACACCAUCGAAUCCUGGGAUUUCCUCUCCGUACAAUCCUCAAUCUUUGCCUGCGUCCCACUCGUUCGCUUCUGGAGUGAACCUCAUUGAACAAACGCGGCUUAAUCAGCACGAUUCUUUCGUGGGAACCCCGUCAGGUUCAAGAGGUGGGGUAGAUCAACGGCCGUUGAACGAGCGAAAUUCUCAAAGCUACGGAAUAAAUAGAGGUGGCAAUGCACAACCCCCGCGACCUGCAUCCAGAGACGUGAAUGAAAAAGAUCAAGCGCUACCCUCUUUUGGAUCACGGUCAGAUCUCGAGUUGCUCUUUGCCAACUUACAGAACCAGCCCACGCAAGUUCCGGACUACGACAUGGGGAAUUCUUUGUCCUUGACCGAGCCUGCUAACAUCGCCGAGCAACCAUCAGAGCAGGCCGGGGAUGCGUCUCCAUAUGAUCCAACUAGGCCUGCUACAAUCGGCGAUAGAGCAGCGGGCGCCUUUCGGGCUGCUCAUUAUGAGUCCCAGAAUCAGCAAGCGGGGCCAGCGGAACGAAGAUACGACGACAAAUCAGUACCCGAGCUUCGGCAGCUAGCUAAAGGAGCUCUCUUAUCCUUAGUACCUCACAAAAUCCUCUACGCUGAACUUGUGCGAGAGGGCGUACAUCCUCAAGUCCUCAGAGAACUCUACGCCGAGCUCGGCAUCAAGGUAGACGCUGAUCAGGGCCAGCCAUCAGAGCCUUCACCGCCGCCGGCGACUAGUGCAAAGGAGGAUGCCUCCCUUCACACAAACUCUACAUUGGCCGAGCCAACGGCGCAGUCUAUUUCGAAUUUCGUUGGGGACAGUCUACCACAGAACGAAGUCAUGCCUUCUCCAGCGCCCCUGGAUGCAACCAAGCAACAGGCCGCCUCUAGUCCCGGCUUAGAGCGCAAGGACCGAAUUGCUCAAUUGCUUGCAGCAAAGACUGGUCGUCCCACUCCUUCGACUCCAUCUGCAGGCUCGCCAGCAGUGGCAGCUGCGAAACCCAUUGAGACGUCUAGCGCUCCAGCAUCAGCACCCCGUUCCCCACUAGUUCAGCAGGAAUCAUUCACAGCAUCUCAGCCGCAGAACGUAGCCAAAGCCAAGGCUCAGACAGAACUGGUCAAAGCGAGAAUGGAGCAACUCAGACGCGAGACCCAAGCGAAAACUGCCAGUGCAGCCCAACCAACUUUUGGGUCAAUCUCUCAAUUACAAAGCUCACUUGGUCAUCCUGGACUGAUUCCAGGUCUGUUCAUGUCGUCAGGCUCUGAAGCAGGGGUGAAGAAAGAUAUUGAAAUGACCGGCACUUCAGGCGGAGAGCAGGUUGGGCUCGACAACAAUCCUCUCAAACGGUCAUUCGGCCUCGAUUCUGCCACGACUGGCACGGAACCCGUGACCAAGAAAGCACAUGUUGAAGAGAGCGCACCAACAGCCCCUGAAUAUCUUGACGAGCAGUCUGAAGGCGAAAUCAUCGAAGAAGCCCAAAGUGAUGCUAUGGUGACAGAGUCAGAACCAGGCUCUUCAGAUCUUCAAGAACAAUAUGCUGCCGAUUUACUAGGACAACAAUCCUCAGCUACUGAUAAGACAGCAAUCACUGCCCAGUCAGAGAUCACCCUGCUGCAAAAUCACUCUCUCAACGACGCUGGGAACGGAGAUCUGUAUCGUAGCAAGCAGUCAGAGAUCGAGGCCAUGCGCCGAAAGAUUGCUGAACUCGAACAGCGUAACAAGCUGAAACGAGGCCGAAGCCAGAUUGAAUCCCCUGCUUCUUCGAACCCCGCCACGCCUGUAAUAACGAGAGCGGAACAUCCACUGACCAGCCCUCCGAGUUCGCAGUCUCCCGGUGUGACCGGAGCUGGUGCCUUAUCCAAAAUAGCCACCGGUUCUCGACCAAUCGCCAAGCUGACACCUGCGCAACUUGCAGAACGCGCCGCGGCUUUGAAAGCUGAUCUGCUGAAACAACGCGCGCAACGGCAACAACUCCUGCAGGAUGGCUUGCCUGAUCUAAACCUGGAGGUCUCCAAGACAGAAGUCCGUCUUGAAGCAGUACGGGGUGAACUAGUACGAGCCAGAGAGAACGUGGGAUCCUGCAGGGUAGCAUUGGAGCAGUCAAUCAACCUUGAGAAAAAGCUCGCAGACGAAGUCGCCCGACUGGAAAAGCAGCUGCAAGAAGGUCGUUCGGGACAAAAGCAGUACUUUGACGAGCUGAAUCAAAUCAAGCUCGAUAAGCUGGCUGAAACCCAAGGGAGCGGUCAACAACAAGCACCUGGCUCCAUUGCCCAAACACAGCCUGUCACUGCGACUGAUGCAUCUACAGGCCCCCUCUCAGCUGAUCUGGAGAAAGUAGGAGAAGAUCGAGGUGGCCCCACAACUGCAACGAACCAGCCGCAGUCGUCAGAUGCCCCUGCUGAAACGUCGACUCCGAUCGAGACUGCUGCUGAAGGAACAGCUGCAGGCCCAGGUGACGAACAAGCGGUGACUGAGGAAGCUUUCCAAGAAGUAGACCAGGAUGAGUUUGCACAAGGGGUUGCCCAAACAGACACGUUUCAAACGGAUGAAAUGGAAAUUUCACCUGAGCCAGAACCCAGUCCAGAACAAGCGUCGCCCGUCUUCGGGGAUUCAAGAGAGGCGUCCGCAGAAGAUACACCGAUGGACAUGGGCGACGAUAGCGAUGGUAGCGCCAGCAUGUCGGACUCCGAUGAAGAGCAGGAGGAAGGAGAUUACGAGCCAGCUGAAGCUGAGGUCACCGAACACUUACAACCAUCUGAUGACUCUGAUGAGUACGAUCCCGAAGAAGCUCCCGUCACAGACGUAAGUCCUACUACAACAGGAGUUGAGAACGAAGACGAAGAUUUCUAUGAACCUUUUGAACAUGUCGAUGAACUCGACCGUCAAGCCACUCCUGGAAUUGCAGAAGAGUCGGCGCAAGCCGAAGUUCAGACCGUUCCGGGGUUUGGGGGCGAGUCGACGCCAAUCACAGAGACUGUGUCAGAAGUCCCGCCAGAAACCAAGGAAGACGACAUCGAGUCCGGUCGACAACUCACUGAGGCGGACACAUUGGUCGAGAUACAUGUCCUGCCUAACGGAUUCGCCGCGAAAGAUGACAUACCGAUCCUUGACGGCAGCUCAGCUCCAGUCACACGGUUCGUUCCUUACAAGACGCCGCUUUCUACUCUGAAGAGCUUUCGCUUUCACAGAGACUACAACGAUGCCGUCAAAAGUGGGUACCGAUCGUUGACCUACUCCAACAGCAUCGAUCCAACUCGUCCGCUUUGCCCAACCGAACUCGCGGGCGAGACUUGCACAGAUUCUGCCUGCGACGAGCAGCAUUUUCGGCAGCUGGGUCUUGCAGGUACGGGAACACCCUGAUUCAGCUCUUCCCUGUCUUCUGCUUAACCCCUUUGGUAUGCAAUGGCUUUGUACUAACUGAUUCGAUGUGGCAGACGACAAAAUCCUUGUGCAACUAAGUUCGGCAAGCGACAUCAAAGACAAACCGACGCGUGACGAAUUCCUGCAGGGUCUGAAGCAAGUCAUCGCAGGCAUGCGUGCGCAAGACGUCAAAGAGUUCGAAAGCGUUGCUGGAGCGCUGUCAACGUACAGACGGGAAUUCUUCGCAGAGAGAGCUCAACGACAGAGCGAGGGCGCGUAGGAGGGCUCUGUUACCGACUUAAAGGAUGAGGCACUGUCAUGUUGUCCGACGAUUUUGAAAUCCAUGACCUCGGUCGAAAUCAUACAACUUAUUCCGAAGACGGAUGAAGAUAUUCGCAAUUUGUUGAAUUGGGUCGAACUCGAGGUGCUCAUUGGCGAGUACGAGAGGUUUAUGGAAGUGAGGAUGCCAAGCAACUGAAGAGUACGUCCAAGGCAUUCAUGGGCAUUCAUGAGGGGAGCUCGAAUCCUAUCGCUUUGUGGUGUGUCUGGUGCUGUACGAGUAAGAUUUCAUAUUGGGCUGGGGAAGGUUAGCUCGCAUAGGACAGGACCCAGGAAAAUUGGCCAUGGUGAGAAGAGGGAUAGUCGGUGUCCGGCAGGGCGCUGGCGUCGACGUUGGAGCCUGCAUUGUAUCCGCGACGGGGUCAGCGCAAAUUUGCGGGAUGUUGGAGGUACUCUCUUAACGACAUGAUUGAGAUGCGAUGCUUCACUUUCAAUGGCAAAGCAACUUGUUCAUGAAGGCGUUGUGUCGCCUGGCACCAAUAACCUACACAUGGAUUUGUUCAUAAGACACGACGCCUCGCGCCUCGCGUUGCGGAGGACCUCACAUGCGAGCGUGACCUUGAUGGACCUCAAAAUACGCCAUGACUCCCCUCGUCGAGCACAACAUGCAAAACGCUUCAGUCACAAGCCUGCCUGUAGCAUCCCAUCAUUCUUCAUCAAAACACACUCUCGUAUUUACGAAUUAACCCAGGCUCGGCCACCGCUCAAUCAUCAUCAAAAAUGCCACAAUUGGGAUGCAAAGCAUAAGAGACUUUUGAGCUCGUAGUAGCCGCGUCCUGGCUCUGCUCAUCGUCAACCAGACCUUCACCGCGAAUCGGAAUGAUGACGUUGUCCUGUCAAAAACACAUUAGCCACCGUUCUGCAGUGCCCGAUUUUGGGAUUGGGACAGUUUUGCGGGCAGACGGGGGAAGAGAGGAUCAUACCUUGACCAUCCGUUUCAGGACCUUCUUGGCCAAGGACCGCUCAGCGUUCAACUCGUCUUCAUUCGAGAUGCUCUCCUCGAUCUGCUCUAGAUACCAGACCAACAAUUCAUCAUGCUCGGGACCCUCGCCGGUCCGAUCCUCCUCGUCGCGGAUAUGCGAUGCCAACAGAUUCUGGAUCUGGUGGUACUUUUCGAACGUGAUUUUCGUGGUGACUCUACCGGGCGCGGGUGUGCCGUCAGCGCGACGCUGCCGCUGGUCUUCGUCGUGUUCGUGUUCGUGGUCGUGCUCGCCUUCAGCCAUCGGACUAUCACCAUCUCCG